GUAAACGAUCCCGCGCUUAUUCGAAGACGGAAACUGUCGGAGGCGCUCAUAAUGAUGGAACCGAUCAUCCUCUCCGACGAAGAAGACCCCUCAACCCCAUUCACGGUCCAUUCCAAGAAACGCCGAACCGAACCGGACCCGAACCGGACGGUCCUCAUCGUCGACGAUGACCCAACCCCACAGAAGCAGCAAUGUCAUUCUCAAUCGCCAACGCCUUCUGUCGUUGCCGAGACUCCAAUUUCUGCACUCUUGGAUUCCGACGUUGCAAUCGUGAAAUGCACAAGACCUUCUUCUCAUUCUGAUCCCCUCCUUAGGGUUUCGCCUUCCGACCCUAAAAAGUUCUCGGGAAUUAGUCAAAUGAUAUGUUUGGAAUCAGAUAAUGAGUCGGAGAAUUAUGGAAUGGGCAAUUGGAAUGAGAAUGAAACAAGGGGCAUGUCUUUGGACGUUGCUGGAUAUUCAAGAUGGACUUCAAAUUCAAUUGGUUCUGCAAGUUCUCCUGAGAGGCAUAUUUCAUGUGGAAAUGCUUCUCAAACUGAAAUGUCUGGGGACAAUCCUUCAAAUCCAACCUCUUCACAAGUGAAUCAGCUGGAGGAGAAUGUUGAAAAUAUGAAAAGAUCCAAAGUUUAUCAAAAGAGCACAACCAAGGCAAUGGGAAAAACAAAGAUGACGAAAGAAGAAAGAAGUCGCCUUAUGGAGGAAAAGAAACUACAGAAGGAACAAGAGAAGUUAAAAAAAGCAGCUCUAAAGGCUGAAGCUGCAGAUUUGAAGAAGAUUGAAAAAGAAAAGCAGAAGUGGGAAAAGGGGAAGUUUGCAAUAAAAUCUAUUGUGGCAGAAAUUGAUGCGAAGGUAGUUGAAUCAGGUUCAAUUGGAGGACAUCUGCUUACAAGGUUUGCUGAAAAAGGUCUUACAUACCAUAUUACAUCUAAUCCAAUCACAGGGUCAAUUUUAUGGUCUAUGAAAGUUCCAGAACAUAUUUCACAGAUUUCUACUGAAAGAAUUGAGAUUCCAUAUGUCUUACUAGUUUAUGAGGCUGACAAAUUUUGUAACAUUGCCAUGAAUGAUUCUCUUUUGGAUCAACUCUCUAGCAUUCGAAGUCGUUAUCCAAGCUAUACAGUUUGUUACCUCACCAAUAGGUUAUUGGCUUACAUUAAUAAAAGGGAACAGGAAAAAUACAAGAACCCUGAAAAGAAUAGUUGUUGGAAACGUCCACCGGUUGAGGAGGUGCUGGCAAAACUAACAACUCAUUUCACCAAAGUUCAUUCCAGGCAGUGUGUAGAUGAGGCUGAACUGGCUGAACAUGUUGUUGGUUUGACAUGCAGCCUGGCAUCUUGUCAGUUUAGAAAGAAGUUAACUCGAUUAUCUGUAAAUGCAAAUGGAUCCCUUAUUCCAAAGGACAGUGUUGACCGGAAUUUAAUAAAGAAAUCUUUGUGGUUAAAAGCUUUGGUUGCUAUCCCCAAGGUACAGCCACGAUUUGCUAUUGCUAUUUGGAAGAAAUACCCAACCAUGAAGUCCCUGUUAAGUGUUUAUAUGGAUCCAAAUAAAUCGGAGCAUGAGAAGGAAUUCCUACUCAAAGACUUGAUGACAGAAGGUUUGCUUGGUGGUGACAGAAGGCUAGGUGAGGUUUGUUCAAAGCGUGUGUAUAGAAUUCUGAUGGCGCAAAGGGGAUGCAUUAAAACUGAUGAUGUCGAGGAUGGUGCUGAUUUCUUUGGGCGUCAGUGAUAAAUAGCUUUUUCAUUGUAUGUAAACCGCGUUUAAGCAAGGGUGUCAACAUAUGAAUACGUACUGGCUAUCAUUUCUAAAUGGCAUCAAAUUUAACCAAAAUAUGAUGAUAAGAACGCAUAUAAAAGAAUCGUGAUGAUGAUGUACAAACUACGAAGUUAACUAUGCUGGUCAUCAUGGAUAUGGCAGAGGGUUCUAUUAUUCCAGGUUUGCUGGUAGCACUUUUGGCUUUGGCCAACUUUAAGCGAUUAGA